AAAAGCGAGCGAGCAACGCGCAUAAAAGGUGCGCUGCACAUUAGCAGAGACUAUUCUACAUACUGUUGAUCUCCCCUCGCACAACAGAGCCUCUGCUAAGUUUGCUUGCUGCUCCUGAGUGUUACUCCUUUGGUCAUCGUCCCUUCAUACGUCGCGCGCACACGAUGUCGUUCAUCGCCGCCUUGCGACACGCAGCGACGCCCGUCGCCAUUGUUGCUGGAGCUGCCAUAUCGAGCUAUCUGGUCGCUGACAUCCUGGCAGGCGACUCCGAGGCUCGGUCGAAACCGCGCGGCGUGGCGUCGUCGGUGAGCGGCUGGUCGGCGGUGGAGUACCGUCGCAUGCCGAUCGCAGAGUACCUCAAGAUUCUGAGCGGGUCGGAGGAGGUAGACGGCAUGGCGGAUGACCGAUCGGUGCGCGCCAUGCUCAGACGGCUAGCCGACGCGCCCUCGUGCACGUCCGUGUGACCGCCGAGCGCCGGCCUUCCACUCCGCACCCGGCGUCAUAUAUGUGAUUCACGUCGGUGGCCUUCCACUCCACGAAGGAGCGCGCCGUAGAUGAGGGCGAUGGGGCAUAGGCGUCGUCGCCAUAGAUGAGGCGAGGGCGAUGCUUCUCCCUUGGUCCCAAGAAGGAACGGAGUAUGUGUACCAGGAACGCGUUUGUACAGGCCUCGCUUAUGGGGACGGCGGGGGAGCUCCCCGCGUUUGCGUCUUGGAUCUCGAAGUCUGGUCGCUGUAGAUACAUGCCCUCGCGCUAUCUGAGGAGGACAAUGCUGGCGGUAAGGGAUUCAAGGCGUGCAGGCAGUCUGGUACUAGGUGGGCGUAGGAACUCGCGCUUUGAUUAUGCUCAUCAGUAACGACGCUGAGGGUGCAGUUCGAAAUCCUUGUGGGGAGUACGGUACGGUAUCCAUGGUUGAUCUUCUUGGGUAAAGAAGCAAGAGUCAAAUUUGGAUACUGGUACCAGAGAAAUUAGGAAGUGUGAGUGAGACAAGGUGAUUGACACAUGUGGUGGGGUGUGGUGGUGCUGGUCAUGUUGACAACUGCUGGACACAAUAAUGUUAUAAUUCGUUUUGUUACUGCUAGGACUACACGAGGAAGGAAACACCUGUCAACAUUUAGAAGUAUAUGUUAUAAGCUAGAUAGUUGCAGGCUCAUAGAGAGUAAAACACCUUAGGUUAUAUCCUCUUGUAUUCCCACAUUC